ACACGAUAGUAUCAAAUAACGAAGCGUUCUAUUACGAAUAUUCAAUUCAAGUACCUAUUCUACGACAAUGAAUACAUUCAGUUCAUACAAACCAUACUUCGACCAUUCGACGAUAAAGUGAAUCAACAUUUUACUCUUAUAUUUUCUCGAUGAAUUUGCUACGGAUUUCACUCGCCAGCUUAUCGAUUUUUUUGCUGAUUGAAAAAACCAACUCAUCGAAGGAACUUACGUUGCUCAAAGAGCGGCAAAAAACUCCAUUGGCAGUAAUAAAAAAAUACCACUCAUCAGAGCUAGAACUUGCCAUACCCCACAAAUAUAAAAACAAUAAGCAGUACGUGGGUUAUUAUUACAACGAUCCCGAAGACGAUAAUGACCCAAAAGGAAAAUUGAUGACAGCAUGCCCCACAUUUCUUUACGUAAAACAUGUACACAUAGGUGGUACACCAGAAGUCACACAUGAACUGAUUAGACCAUCGAAUCAAAGAACAUUGCUGGAGCUGCAUGAUUAUAAAACUCGUGAUGCGAAAUGUUUGCUUGAUCUCAUACCUUCGAUUAGAAUAUUUGAGAAGAAAAGUAUCGAAGCAGCGAUGAGAUAUUGUAGCAAAUUACAAACUGAAAUGUACGAAGUCGGAUAUCGAGUGUCCAAAAACGCACAAAGAACGGAUGUUCAGUUUUUACCAGUGUAUAAAAUAUGCUAUUCAAAGGUGAAAGGUAAAGAAGCUACACUGUAUUCAAUUCAUCGUAUCGAGUCACCAAGUUUGCUGCUCCUGAAUCAAAUAAAAGAACUUCCCGACCUGAAUCCUUUCAAUGCCUAUCAACAAUCUAUUCUAGAUACAAAUCUCAGCACAAAAAAAUCAUUUGCAAGCAAGAAAUACUACGCAUAUCAAUUCGUUGGAACUGACGACAUGCCAACCGGAUCAUGGGAACCAACAACUGAGUUUCUGUUCAAUUACACUCCCAUCACAAAAAAUGCAGAUUUAUUCAAAGGCAUGAUAAGAGCUGACUUCUAUAUCAGACUGUAUAGUAAAAAAAACAACAAACCACUGACUCUGUACUAGGGUGCGGCCCAAUUGUAUGAAAAAAUAAUUGUUUUUAAAUUUUCAACGGCACUACCUCAAAAAAGUUUCCUUAGACUGUAAAAAUACAGAAUCCAAAAUUUGAGUGAUUUCCAGGAAUAUUUAGAGGUCGCUCAAUGCCCAUUUGUAAGGAACGAGGGUCGCGCGCCCGAACCUACAACAUUUCCACCAUAGUACCGUGGACAACGCGACGUGUUCAGCCUCACGCAGUCGCGCUCAAUGUUACAACUCCUUUCAAUCACUUUACACAACGAAUGAUACGUUAGCUCAUCUUUUCCUAAUGUCAGGGCUGUACAAAAAAAUAUUUAAAAAAGAAAAAAAUUAUUUGAAACGUUUUUACUCGUUAAAAAUAAAACGUAUUCAAAACGCGUUUUAAAUAACUUUUAAACGAAAUUUUGGAGUUCUUUUUUUCCUCAAUUUCUUUUGUGCUUAGUGAUUCUGAUGCUACGAGUUUUAAUGUACAUUGUAUAUUGUGUAAUUCUUCCAAUAAAGUAUUAAGUUGCACAUAUCCUACAAGUUAGGUACUAUUCUGUGUAAGUAUCUUAUACCUCAAAUCCGCACAAAACGAAAAACCGUUAUAAAAGUUCCUGGCCGUAAUUUAUUCUUCACAAAGUAUCAGAAAUUCAUAUUGUGCUUAGAAAAUUGAAAAAUAUACAUGAUGCGCAAAUAUUUCCUUCAGUACUUAGGUAAUCUUGUUGAGAGAAGUUCGUAACAUUGAGCGCGAGAGGAUACGUCGCGUUGUCCACGUUACUGUGGUGGAACGUAGUGUGCUCGCGCGCGCGACCCUCGUUCCGCACAAAUGGGCUUUGAGCGACCUCUAAAUAUCAAUUUUUCGAAAAACUGUUCAAAUGGUAUUUUUUUUUUAUAGAAUUGAACAAAAUUACGGGUAGUCCAAUUUAUUUUUUCAAACUUUUGUUUUGGGCCGCACCCUACGCAAUACGUAUAAUUCAUAUCUUUUUUUUCUUUUUUGAUGGCUGAUCUACAAUCAUCGUCAUCAGCAUCAACUGGUGCUUGUUGGAAAUUCAGGUUUCGGGCAAAUUCUUUCCACAGCACUCCUGCAUAUCAUAGAAUAUCUCCUCCUCCUCC